GCCCCGGGCCUCCUCCCCGCAGUCCCUGAGUCCCGCAGGCCCCGCGUCCCCGCUGCACCCCCCCGUCCACUCCCGUGGUCCCCGGUCCGGCAUGGCGCGCGCAGUGGGGCCCGAGCGGAGGCUGCUGGCCGUCUACACCGGCGGCACCAUUGGCAUGCGGAGUGAGCUCGGCGUGCUCGUGCCUGGGACGGGCCUGGCUGCCAUCCUGAGGACACUGCCCAUGUUCCAUGACGAGGAGCACGCCCAAGCCCGCGGCCUCUCUGAGGACACCCUGGUGCUGCCCCCGGCCAGCCGCAACCAGAGGAUCCUCUACACCGUGCUGGAGUGCCAGCCCCUCUUCGACUCCAGUGACAUGACCAUCGCUGAGUGGGUUCGCGUUGCCCAGACCAUCGAGAGGCACUACGAGCAGUACCACGGCUUUGUGGUCAUCCACGGCACCGACACCAUGGCCUUUGCUGCCUCGAUGCUGUCCUUCAUGCUGGAGAACCUGCAGAAGACCGUCAUCCUCACUGGGGCCCAGGUGCCCAUCCAUGCCCUGUGGAGCGACGGCCGUGAGAACCUGCUGGGGGCACUGCUCAUGGCCGGCCAGUAUGUGAUCCCAGAGGUCUGCCUUUUCUUCCAGAAUCAGCUGUUUCGGGGCAACCGGACAACCAAGGUGGACGCUCGGAGGUUCGCAGCUUUCUGCUCCCCGAACCUGCUGCCUCUGGCCACAGUGGGUGCUGACAUCACAAUCAACAGGGAGCUGGUACGGAAGGUGGAUGGGAAGGCUGGGCUGGUGGUGCACAGCAGCAUGGAGCAGGACGUGGGCCUGCUGCGCCUCUACCCUGGGAUCCCUGCCGCCCUGGUUCGGGCCUUCUUGCAGCCUCCCCUGAAGGGCGUGGUCAUGGAGACCUUCGGUUCAGGGAACGGACCCACCAAGCCCGACCUGCUGCAGGAGCUGCGGGUGGCCGCCGAGCGCGGCCUGGUCAUCGUCAACUGUACCCACUGCCUCCAGGGGGCUGUGACCACAGACUAUGCAGCUGGCAUGGCCAUGGCGGGAGCCGGCGUCAUCUCAGGCUUCGACAUGACAUCGGAGGCCGCCCUGGCCAAGCUAUCGUAUGUGCUGGGCCAGCCAGGGCUGAGCCUGGAUGACAGGAAGGAGCUGCUGACCAAGGACCUUCGGGGGGAGAUGACGCCACCCUCGGUGGAAGAGCGCCGGCCCUCACUGCAGGGCAACACGCUGGGCCGUGGGGUCUCCUGGCUCCUCAGUCUGAGUGGCAGCCAGGAGGCAGAUGCCCUGCGGAAUGCCCUGGUGCCCAGCCUGGCCUGUGCUGCCGCCCACGCUGGUGACCUGGAGGCGCUGCAGGCGCUUAUGGAGCUGGGCAGUGACCUGGGCCUGGUGGACUUUAACGGCCAAACCCCACUGCACGCGGCCGCCCGGGGAGGCCACACAGAGGCAGUCACCAUGCUGCUGCAGAGAGGUGUGGACGUGAACACCCGGGACACGGAUGGCUUCAGCCCGCUGCUGCUGGCCGUGCGGGGCAGGCAUCCGGGUGUCACUGGGUUGCUGCGGGAAGCCGGGGCCUCCCUGUCCACCCAGGAGCUGGAGGAAGCAGGGACGGAGCUGUGCAGGCUGGCAUACAGGGCCGACCUCGAAGGCCUGCAGGUGUGGUGGCAGGCAGGGGCUGACCUGGGGCAGCCGGGCUAUGACGGGCACAGCGCCCUGCAUGUCGCAGAGGCAGCCGGGAACCUGGCAGUGGUGGCCUUUCUACAGAGCCUGGAGGGUGCGGUUGGUGCCCAGGCCCCAUGCCCUGAAGUGCUGCCUGGUGUCUAACCUGAAGGCGUCCUGCUGCAGUAUAAGCCAUUCCUUCCUCCCAUGACCUGCUGGAGGGGUCUCAGGCAUGACCCCACUGCUGGGGCUGCUUCCCAGCCUGCUCUCAUGUAAAGCCUGAAGGCCUUUGUUGGGCAGGACGGCAAUAAAGUCUCUGACAUCCCCUCA